AUGGCAACAAGGAUCAACAAGGGUUCUCAAAGGGUUGACAUGGUGAAAAUGAAGAAUGCGAGGAACUUACAAGUUACGUUCUCUAAGCGUCUUGCUGGUCUGUUAAAAAAGGCUCUUGAACUUUGUAUGUUGUGUGGUGCUAAAAUUAUCAUUGUGGCAUUUUCACCGAGCGAUAAUGGAGAUUUCUCCUUUGGUCCCACUAGCAUAAGCCCAUCGGUGGAGAGGUUCCUUGGGAGGAAAUUUCCACAACCAAAUAAUGAUGUUCACAAUCAACAAAUCGUGGCUCUUAUAGAAGGUGGUAUUUGUGAGCUCAAUACCAAGCUCAGGAACCUCGAGGGGAUUCUUGAGAUGGAAAUAAAUCGCGGACCAUCCCUUGGAGAAUUAGGAAGAUAG